GCAACGGCUGCUGCCAUGUGCGGGCCGGGCCUCCUCCUGCUCGGCCUCCUCAUCGUCCUGCUGCAGGGGGUCUCGGCAGGUACCGUGCGCCUUCACCGUACGGUGACAAAAUCUCACAGCCCGUCUACACCCACCGGUAGACGCAGGAAAGCUAAAGGGUUAUUUUCUUCAAAAGCGAACAUUCAGUAUUCAAGAAGUGCAGAGUCAAGAAGCAAUAGCUUAAAAAUAGUGGGAUCCAUCUUAUUUCCAGUGAAAGUUUAUGUCAAGCUGGAUCACAGCAGUCCACAUAUUCUAUGUGUUACAAAUCACCUGCGAAACUCAGAAUUGAUUGAUCCAGUAUUCCGGUGGAGUGGACCAGGUGGUUAUCUUUCUUCGGAAAAUAGCAGUGUGCAAGUAUCACCAACGGGAACUUUAAUAUUUGGACACUUCAGAUCUGACCUGAGUGGACUUUAUACUUGUUCCCUUGUUUAUAAGCUUAUUGCUGGACAACCUGAUAAAAGACUCAAGAUAAAAUAUCUUAUUUAUGCUUAUUCUGAUCCUCAGUAUUACUAUGAAUUGACAGUCCAGUACCAUGCAGCCCCGUGCAGUAGUUUUCAUAAUACUUCUUUUGGGAAGGCAUUGCUUCAGAUACUAAGCAAGCUUGUUGCUGACCUUUCAUGUGAGGUUUCAUUAAUUAAGGCAGAAUGCCACCAUGUAAAAAUGCAGAGAGGAGGCCUACAGAGCGAAAUAUUCUUUACAUUUUCAGUUACUUGCUUAGACACAGAAAACAACAAACUAUGUCCGCAAAGUGGUUGUGAUGUACCUCAUAGAUUAUACAAGGCAAGGGACCUCAUAGAGAGAUUCUUUAAGAAAGAGGUGGAAAUUAGGAAGAAAAGUUCUGAACCAUUGCCUGAAAUAUACUACAUUGAAGGUACACUGCAAAUGGUGUGGGUUGAUCGUUGCUAUCCAGGAUAUGGAGUGAAUGCUGUAAGGCAUCCAGACUGCCCAGAGUGUUGUGUUAUCUGCAGCCCAGGAUCUUACAAUCCCAGUGAUGGAGUUCACUGUCUUCAGUGUGACACCAGUUUGAUAUACGGAGCAAUGACGUGCUGAUGGUAGAGGGACUGGCAAAGCUGCAAUAGCUCUCAUGCAUUUUAACCUGGCAAUAUUAAUAAAUAUUUUUAUUUAAAUA